UCCGCCCGGAGCCGCCGCCGCGGAGCAGCGCCGGAAAGCUGUUCCCCCCUUCGCUGGAGGGCCGCGACGCUGCUUUCCAGUCUCGCCCGUGGGGGUUUACGUGUGAAUGAGAGCAGAAUGGAUCGCUAUCGAUACUUCAUCUUCAACCAGAGGAACAUGGUGGUGCUGGGGCUGUUCCAGAUAGCCUUCAGCACGGUGUGCGUCGUCAGCGGGUUCAUAGACGGCGUUUUCAGGACGGAGUCUCAGCUGGGCAAAACCAGAGCUCCAGUCUGGGCUGGGAUGGUGAUGGGAGUCCCAGGCAUCCUGGCUUUGUUUUCCUCUCAGAGGAAGAAUCCAGUUCUUGUGAAUGUGCUGAUAGUAGCUUCCAUUAUCUCUUGCAUUGCCAUCCUCAUCGUAAUAGUUUAUAGCUCCCUCACACUGAACUAUGGUGAAGAGGAGGAGCUGAGUUCUGCCCCAGUCCAUGUUAUCCAUACAAAGUUCGUACUUAAUAAAGUAGUCAAGGGUGCUAACGUAGCCAUGCUAGCCGCAUCUAUCUGCAGUGCUUUUGUGGUGCUGGUGAUGGCUUACCUGGGAUGCCGGAGUCUUCCACGCUGCUCGUGCUACGACAGUGUAACUGGGAUGGAAUGGUUGCAACCUAGUGAGGACCAAAGUCAGGCUGUGGAAAUGGUUUGCGCUGUACAAAGCCUUGAGCAUGAAGUGGUAGAUUACUUCUCCCACGAUGUAGAUUGA